CAGAGAGCCGCAACUCCCCUUUUCUCUCUUUCCAUCUGCACACCCUCCCUUUCCAUUUGAGAGCCCUCCCUCUCACACUCUUGCACCUCUCCCUUUGUCAAGUAUCAAGUUUGCACAGGCAAACUUUGGAAGUCCCCACCCCUACCAAACACUCAUACACACAUGCACAUGCUUGUGCAAUAUCAGUCAGGAUCUACAUGAAGGAGAACGGCAGCAUAACAACUUAAGAACUCGAUGGGAUGGACAUUCUUCCACAGGUGCUUUCACUGAGGAUUUGAGGAACAAGCACACACACUGAACCAAACACACUUUCGACAGCAGGGGAUCAACAAUGUGAGGGUGUUUCCUGGCUGCUGACACUACGGACAGAGACUGUUUUAUGUGGGAGCCGUGAGAAGUGCCUCGCACUAUUUCUCCUCUGAGGGAGCGUCGAGGAACUAGCUCCAGCUUUUCAAAACCCUAUCUGCCUCUGGCUUCCUGAGGGGAAUCCCUCUCUCCAUAUCUCCCUCCAUCUGCCCUAUCCCCCUCUACAGUCCUCAGCAGCUGCUAUGGACCUGACUCUGUGGCAGUACCAGUUCAGGAUCAUCAUGUUGGGGGACUCGACAGUGGGCAAGUCGUCCCUGCUGAAGCGUUACACAGAGGAGAUGUUUCUGGACUGCAUCAACCAGACAGUAGGGGUCGACUUCUACGUGCACUUCCUGGAGGUGGAGCCUGGCGUUAGGGUCAAACUGCAGUUCUGGGACACAGCAGGCCAGGAGAGGUUCAGGUCAGUGACUCGGUCCUACUUCCGUAACUCAGUGGGGGGCCUGCUGGUGUUUGACCUGACUAACCGUGCCUCCUUUGAGCAUGUGCAGGAGUGGCACGCAGAGGUGUGUGAACAUGUGCAGCCCCACACGGUGCUGUUUGUACUUGUGGGCCACAAGAAUGACCGGGUGGCCCAGGGAGAGCGGGUGGUGGGCCAUAACGAGGCUGAGAAACUGGCAGGCCAGCUGGGGAUGCCCUACAUCGAGGCAUCGGCUAAGACUGGUCAGUGUGUGACGGAGGCUUUCGAGCUGCUGACCCGCCGGGUGUACCAGGGCUUGCUGAGUGGGGAGGUGCAGCUACAAGAGGGCUGGGACGGGGUGAAGUGCUUGGCUCCACGUGCAACCUUAGCACAGCUACAAAAUCCCAAGAUCAAUAUAUCCAACAACAGAAGGUGCUGUUCCUGAGUUGCUGUAUUGUCAUGUAUGCCAUGUCACAAUGCCUCUCUUGAAAAACUGACUGCCAUAUUGGAUAAAAGAUCAUAAAAUAAUCUUGACCGGAUAAGAAUAAAUUUUACAAGAUGGGCAUUACCUAUUGUGACAAUAUUUCAGAACAUGGAAAUAGACAUAACACAUGUAAAAGACUUGCAAGUGCGUGUACAGGGACUUUUCUGAAGCAGGUCGUUAGUUUGUCAUCCAGAAUCAAGAAACAUUAUCACAGUGGUAUUACAGUUAAGGAAAUCUAGUCAAAUCUCUUUACCCUGAAUAGUGAUAUACUGAUGUAAUCCAUUUAUGUAGAAAGUGAACUCCGAAAUACUCAAGGUUCCAACAAAUGAGAAAGAACAUGACUUAACACUGAAAUAAACACACAAAUCAAAUGCCAAGUGAAAUAUGAAUCUUGUUUUAUUUAUGGAUUAAAAGGAACAGGUUUAACUAAAACACGGCCAUAUGAAGUAAAACAAAAUGUUACUGCUUCCCUACACAUCUCCAAAUAAGGACCAUUACCCAACCCCAUCUCACGGCAGUCUGGCGAUACAAGCAAUACUUCACAUACUUAUUAUUUUUGAAUAAUAAUCAGUUAAUUGUUGACAUCUUAUGAAAAACAAUGUCCUGGGUAAUUUUCUAAUGAACUAUGAAGAUGACAUCAGAUCCCUACAGCACACAAAAACAUAGUGCCAUGAAAGUACCCUGAAAACUAACUAACUGCAAAAGGUGUACAUUUCUGAUGUUAGAUGAAGGGGGAUUAUGUGACAAAAACUAAACGCACAACAGCAAACGCAUGCCAGACAAAAUAAAAUAAGAAAA